CAGGCCGAAGACGAGUCCUCAAUUUUCCCAUAAUUAGCAGAAAAAUUUUUUACCCAGAACCCUAACAAAAACCUCUUUAUCAUUAAAAUCCCUUCUCUUAUAUUCUCAGAUCCUGCUGUGAUUCUCUCUAUGAAGAGUAAGCGACGAUCAACAGAAUCCAUGGCCAACAAUUCCACUGCUUCUCCUACUCUUCGCAGCCAUGAUAUCAUCAAAGACAUCAUCUCCAGGCUUCCCGUCAAAUCUAUUAAACGCUUCGAAUCCGUUUGCAAAGCCUGGUACUUCCUCUUCAAUUCCACUGAAUUCAUUUCCAUCCAUUUAGGUCGCUCUUCCGAUCACCCCUCUCUUCUCAUUCGCCGCUUCCAUAACCCAACUGGGUCUAACUUUUCUCUGUCUUUGAUCGAUAAUCGAACCUCAACUCCGCGCGAGAUGAGGAUACCGUUUUUGGGUUCUUUGAUUCGAUAUCCGAAGAUUAUUGCCUCUUGCAAUGGUAUUAUCUGUUUCGAUAUCUCGCCUUGCUAUGCCUCCGCUUUUGUGCUAUGGAAUAUUUCGACUAGGCGAUUUAGAGGUCUCCCUCGACCCAGAAUCAAUGAUGCCCAUAAGCCAAUUUGGAUGGUCGCUACUGGAUUUGGGUAUAAUCGCCAAAGUAGUGAUUUUAAAUUGGUAAGGAUUGUGAAUUUUCAGUGUAAAGAAGAUGAAUCGCCUGUUGUGAGGGCUGAAGUGUACUUGUGGAGUACGAGUUCGUGGAGGGUGUUGGAUGGAAGAAUGAUUGAGGAAAGAAUUGGUUUUUGUGUGAUUCCUGAAGGCCAGCAGGCUGUGACUGUGGAUGAGUCUAUGCAUUGGGUGGCUAAUGGGGUUGGGAAGUUGGCAAAUCACAAGUUCAUCGUCUCAUUCAACAUGGGUAAUGAAGAAUUCAGGAGAGUACAAUUAUUAGAUUUUAUUCCCAGUGGAAUUUGUGCUAAAUUUGUAAGAUUCAAUGAAUCACUUGCUUUGGCAUUGUAUCCUGCUAUGCCUGUUUAUCCUGGAUAUGGAAGACCCAUCAAUCGAAUUGAGUUGUGGACGUUGGAUAAAGAUUAUCCUACUGAUGGUGAUUGUAAGUACUGGACUAAACUCCAUGCGAUGGACUUGAAUUCUUCAGGACUUGGUACUCCAAUUGGAGUUUACAAUGAUUCAGAAUUGUUAGUGAAGCGUGUGGAGGUACAUUGUGUUACUCUAUCCUUUUUUGAUCCCUAUAACAAAAGCAUCAAGACUCUACCCAUUUGCAGUUCUGACUAUACAUGUGAGUUCUAUAGUUAUGUCGACAGCUUAGUUCCAGUAGUAAAUGCAGAGGAGUUGGAAGUAGAAGAGGCUCAGAAGUCAGAAAUAUGUUAGAUGUUGAGACUCAUAAAUGGUUCAUACUUUUGCUUAGUAGGAUUCUGGUUUUAUGGUACAAGACAUUGCUGAGGAAGUUGGAUCCUUUUCAUAUAUAAUAUUGCUAGUAGGAAUUAGUGCAAGUAUUUUACUUUUGACUGUGAAUUGAACCAAUUUGAGUCUAACACCUACCUACUUAUGUUUAUAUUGUUAUUUAAUGUGCAGUUGGCAUACUCUUUAUUUAAUGCAUUGUUUGAGCUUCUUGUA